AUGAGCGAGGCUGCCGACGCUGCCAUGAUUGAGGCUGCCGACGCCGACGGGCGGCUGCGCGACGACCCGCUGACGGACCGCCCCGUGGACGCGGCAGCGGCGGCAGAGCGAGAGAGAUCGGCGAAGGCGGCCAAGCUUGCUGCGCAGACCGCCAACGCGAUGGUCGCCGUGCGGGGGCAGCUCAAGUUGCGGGGACAGGCAGCGGACAAGGCCGCGCACGACGCCAACGCAGAGGCGGGAGCGCCGGUGAAAGCGUCGUCUAUGAUGGUCGAACGAGUGUUCACCGCCCGCCUCGACGGUCCGGACAGGUACAUGGUGGCUCGACGAAAGGAGCGAAAGACGGCCGCCGGGGCUGGCACUGCCGUCGAGGUGGUGGCGGGGUUGGAGAAGAUGGCGAACUCCGCCGUCACGAUGGUGCAGAGAGAAGGCGCCGACGGCAUCACGGUGACUGCGGAGCACAAGGCGCUGCUGGAUGACGUGGCGUUGGAGCAGGGUCGCAAGGCGAUCGUGGCGAGGGUGGCGUCAAAUUACCGCCAGCACACGGCGUGGCUGGCGUCUUUUGCGACGUUUGUGCAGUGCUUUUACCCGUGUGGAUGGCGGCACAACCCGCCGCUCGACGGAAGCGAGGGCGCAGGGACAGCUAUCGACACGCGGCUGGUGGCGCUAUACUUGGCGAUGGUGGCAAACAGGCUGGUGCCGUUGGGAGGGUUUGUGUGCGACCAUGUGGACGGGACAGCAUCGUUUGCAGCGAAGGGGAGGAAGGCGGCGCACACCAAGGGCGCGGAGGCAGGGGAGCGGUACUAUGGCAUGGCGUACGUGAAGACCUUCCUCGACAAUACCAAACAACUCUAA